UUUCUCUUGCUGCUUCUUCAUCACCCUUCAAAGCUCGCAAAGUAAUCUCUCCGUUCCCACAACACAAUGGCCGCUAUCAAGUCUCUCAUGACCCGCGACUCGGUCGCCCACCAGCUCGCCAAGCGCCAGAACUGGGCUUCUAAGGAGGCUGGUGUUAUCGUCGUCUUCUGCAUCGUCGGCGUUGUUGCCAUUGGCCUUCUCAGUCUCUUCUUUUACAAGAAGGCUGCUGCUCGCAAGGCUAACAAGGCCUCCGCCGUCUAAACCGAAUGUUCGGAGAAGACCGAGGUUAGGGAGAGAAUGGAGGGUGACCUGAGGCAUAGUCAUGAGCGUCUUUCGACUAUUUGCCUCAAAAGUAGACGCGGUGUUACGUCAAGGUGCCUCCUGCGACACUUCGGGUGACCGACAGUGACCCCGUAUUCCAGUCAAACAUCGGCUACGUCCCUCAUCAGCUCAUCGCUUGCCAGUUGCCAGUCGAAUCCCCAACGGCCAGCAGUCUUGGCUUGCAUUUCAUCGUACAUACCACCGGAUCUCGUGGGACAAAUGUGCUGGAGGACGGGUUCUCGUCGAGUGUUCGCGGCUAGGUGGCUGUAUUCUAUAUUCUAAUGCUACUGAUACCUACCUGUUUGAAGCAAACAAUAAUGAUUCUUUACAUGAC